AUGCUAGAUACCUUGGCAGAUUUUAGCCUAGGCUACUACAAGUCGCUAGCAGAAAGACCCCUGAAUAUCUUGGCUGCGGUUGCAAGGUAUGAGCUAAGAUUUUCACAGACUUAUAUGAGCGCUAUUUAGAGUAACCAUGCAAAAUUUUAGGGCGCCUUAAAAGGUCUUCUUCCGAGGGAAUGCUAACUGGGGAGAAUGAUAGAUAUUUUGAUAGAUUUUGGCCUAGGCUUCUACAAGUCGCUAUCAAAAAAGAUCGCUGAAUAUUUUCGCUGCGGUUGUAAGGUAUGAGCUAAGAUUUUUACAGACUGAUAUGAGUGCUAUUUAGAGUAACCAUGCAAAAUUUUAGGGCGCCUUAAAAGGUCUUCUUCCGAGGACGAUCAUUUUUAACCGCCUUAAGUCGAAGUUAAGGCGGUUAAAAAAAGUCGUACUAAAACCCCUAAAUAAACCACUUUCUCCUCCGAUUUUUUACUCUUCCUCCUCUCAACUAUCUCAGACAUCAUUUCUAAUAAGCGUAAGCCGCUCAUAACAUCAAUCUCUUGCGCCACGCAACAAAUUAGCUGUAUAGCUUCGUUUCGCUCCGUCUUCGAAGGUCCUUCCGACUUCUUUCCAUCAAUGAUUCAAUUGCUUUCUCUCCCCCAAAAAUUCAGCGUUUCCGUCCGCUGUGAUAUGAUCUGAACGUCGAGUUUAGUCAUAAUUCAUCUGGGGCAAAGCGAGGGGAAAGGAGUUGUACUUUGGAUGGAACUACCUUUAUCGGUAAUGACUUUAGUGACGUUUGUUGAUAGAGUGGGGUCGAGUGGUCCGCCGUUUUGUGGCAGUGAGUUAUCAGCUGAACAGCAAGUGGGGUAAAAGAUCGGGAAAAUACGAAUGGGCCGUUCUAACAACAUGUUAAACCAGAGAACCCGCUGUAUCUGUUUGGGUUAAAAAAAGGGCUGAUUCAGCUUAUUAGUUGAUUUUUGCUUCAUUCUAAUUCUUUUUUAUCGGCUUAGAUUACUAUUUUCGACUGGAAAAUCCAAAUUUUCUUCAAAAAAUCAUCAUUUUCCUUUGAAAAUGCCCUGUAAAUUGCAAAAUCCUCAACUGUCUGGCCUUUUUUUCCCCCUCAAACUUCUCUGUAAUAAACUUACUCCAUUCUACUCUCUACAACUCCCCUUCUUCUUUACAUUGUUAAUCUCCCCAACCAUUGGCAUCAAUUUUCCCGUCAAAAAAGUCCCAUUUGGCUUGAGCUGCAAAACGGAGCGCAAAGGUUAAAGACCGUGGCACUUGCGGCACGGCCUGGGGGAGUGUUUGAAGAAUUGGAAAAAGUGUAUUUUUAAGUUAUGGGCCGAACGGCCCCGAAGCCCUUGUUUUCGCCGGGAUAUGGGAGCGUUGUUCGAAAAUAAAACUGAAAGAAUAUAGUUUUUGCUCUUUAAAAACGCUUUGAAAACGUGGACAUGUGUCGAGGUGAGAUUAUAGAAUAACCGUAUCGAAGUCUGGCGUAGAGGAUCAGAGAUUAGAGAGAAUUGUGGGAAUUGCGGUCAAAAAGUCUCUUUUUUUCAAGUCCAAAGUAGCCUCGACAGUUUACACUUGAACUCAUGACUGUCUUUACAACAAACCCGUCUCUUGUGGGCUCAUUUGUAAUGCCGAGUGGAAUAAAUCUUGUUUUUGGUGGGGUGCAGAUGUCUCACGAUAUUGAAAUUUCUUUGUCUGGCGCGUCAUUUGUCCGCCGAUUGGGAAAACCUUUCUCCGGCCUAGACGGCCAAUUUUCGCCGAGUUCUUCGAUUUUUCCCACAAAAUUACGCUAUUUUAUAGUUGCUUUUUAUACUCUCAAAUCGCGUGUGUUCUUUCGGGUCGGACGCUCUGACGUGGCGAAAUAUUGAAAACUCUGAAAAUUCAGCCAGCACUACUACCUCUUUUCACACCUCGCCCCUCCAAACGCCUCCGUGCCCACCUCAACCACGGAGCCGUCGGUGCAUCUGAACAGGCGGCCCAUUGCCGCGCCCCACUCCAUGAUCACUCGCAACCGGCGUCGGCGUCUGAUUUCGGCGCCGGUUCCCGGCGACAACUACGUGCUGUCCAGCUCGCCGCAGUCCAGCACACCCUCACCGCCGGCCGGCGACGAGCUCUCCGCCGGCGGCCCGAUUCGGCGCACGGCGAAUGCGCGACACAGCGUGAAGCGGGCCAGCGAAUCCGAAGCCAAAAUCAAGCGUCCGAACGCGAUCGUGAUCCGCCGCAGUCCGGGCGCGCAGAACACCAAAACCUUUAUCAUAACCACCACGAAUCCGGCGGAGACCUCCGCGUUCCUGAAGCAGCACGGCCUCGGCAACUACCGGAUCCGCCACAGCGCCUUGGGCAGUACGGAUUCGGGGAUUGCGCUGCAGAAUUCGGCCAGCCGCCGCUCCUCGGCCACCAACUCGAAAAAGUCCAGUCCAACGCAGUCCAAGAGAGCCAGCCCCAUGCUGAAUAAUGCUGAUAAUUUGCAGAAUCAGGGCCAAGAGCCGGCGCAGAGCCCCACCAUGGCGAGCCCGUCCACCGAGCACAGUAGCAACAUGUUUGGGCCGGACAGCCCGGGAAGCUACAACAACCGAGAAGUGAGUUUUAUGGGGUGCUUUUUGGUGAUUUUUUGAUCGAAAAAUGGGGAAAAAAGCCUAAAUUUUAUAGUGAUGACUAAGAUAAUAGAUAAAAAUCUUUUGGAUAGUAAAAUUAGAGUUCUUUUUUUGAUUUUUCCUCUCUAAAACGGCCAAAAAUAGAAGCUAUGCCCCUGAAUUUCAUUGUAAUGCCUUUAUUUUUUCUAAAAUUUUGUUCUAAUGCUCGUCAAAACAUUAACUUUUCUCCCCUCUCCAUUUUUAUCUCCCACUUUCCCGUUUUUAUCAAUUAUCAUCGAUCAAAGCCGGACCAACUUUCGGCUCCCAACAAACUCUCCGAGCACUCGUAACGUGUGCGAAAACACACGAGCUUAAUUCCCAUCCGAUUAUUAAACCCAAAAACAGAUUGUUUUCGCUCCGGGAACGGAUUUCGGGGCUUAGCGAAAAUUCCCAAAGGUUGUAGUUCGGCGCUUCGCAUCGUUUGUAAACAACUUUUUGUUUUGUUAUCACGACCAUUUCGAUGACAGUUUUUUGUUGACGUAUUUUGAGAGCAGGGCUUUAUUAAUGUUUCACGGUGGUGAUAAGCGGCGAAUUUGGUGAUUUAAGUGGGGUUAGGGAGGAAAUUCUGGCUUGUGCUUAAGAAUAGGUUGUUUACACGGUGAGAAAUUUUUUUGGAGCGGAAAUUAAAAAUUGAUGACAAAUUUUUGGUUUCACUAGGGAAGUGUACAAACGAACCCUCACCAAAUGGCAAGUGUUAUACACCAUUGGAAAGCCCUUGAAAAAUGGUGAAAGGUACCAUUUUCAUUUUUUGCAGAAUGCCUCAGGGCAAAAAAUUGUAAACGGUUGAUUUGUCCCUUAAGUAGCUACAAUAUCUGCUGUGGGGCAAAAUAAAUCUGAUUUCAAAACGCUAACUGGUAUAUAUUGCUACUAGGUUGGCCUAAGAAUGACUAUGAAGUUUGGCGCUUGCCAGUAAAACCAUUUUACAUAUGAUAUUUACUGGUUUUAAAUACUCAUAACGUGAAAAAACACUUUUCACUUUUUUUAAUCUUGAAAAACAUGUAAGUUUGAUGAUUUUAACAGUAAUCGACCGUUUUAUAGAAAAAUUAAAACGUUUGUAAAAGUUUAACUCAAAUAUUUUCCAAACUGUAAAAACGCAAAACGUUUUUGCCCAAGCUGGGAACCGAACCUAGCUUGGUUUGGCUUAUCAGCCUGCUCAGCAACCACUGCACUAUUGAAGCAACCCUCUUCGAGGAUUUUUAUCCGCUCAAGAGAAAGAAAGAUUUUUGUUGCGAAAUGACCUAAAAAUACAGGGUGUACCAAAAAAAUGGAAACUUGUUUUUAUAGCUAUAUUUUUUCGGAGAAUCAAAAUUCAGCAAAAGUAACGGUCAUGAUUGGUAACAUAGAGCAUUGUUUAUAUUUAACAUGUUCAACCUGUUUCACAGUGGCUGCCUUUGGUGGCGAUAUAGAGCUCCAAACGUGACGUAAAAUUUUGGGGUCCGGGCCGCAGCUUUUUAGGGGGAAAUCGGUCCCGUUCUUGGCGCAUCAUUUACUUUGCGACUCCAAACUUUUGUGGAGCAUAGUACAGGUGCUGGCCUUCUAUUUAAAAAAAUAUAUAGUCCAUUGGAUUCAGACCUGACGAGCAGGCGGCCAUUUCGCAGGCGGGAUAAAAUCGGGAAAAUCGGUCCCAUUUCGGGUCCUGAGUUGAUUUUGCCUUGUGAGCCGGCGCUGAGUCCUGUUGAAACGCUAAGUUUGCAUUGCCAAGGUUCUUCUGAGCUCACGGAAGCACGCCAAAAUAGAAAUUAACGCGGCGCUUGUAUUUUGCCCCAUUGAUUCACGAAAAACAUGGAAUUCUUGCCGCUGGCACAAAUUCCGCCCUAAGCAAUGACGGCCCGGAUUUUGGCGGUAUUCGACGAUGCCCAACAAGCUAGGAGCCUCAUUGAAGCAGAUUCUAUCGUUCUGGUGGUUGUGGAUCCGCUAAAUAUUGAACCGCGAACUGAAUGCGCUCACGUCUCGGAGCUGCGGCCCGCCCCUUUGACUUUCCGACAUUUUUGCGCCGUACGCACUUCCUCUCGGCUUUAAAGAUCUGAAUUUUUUAGAGCUUGUAUGACAUGAGGUUGAGCUCGUCUUUGGCUAUUCGGCCGACCGAUCGGUCGCUAAUGUCAGUCUCAAGGGCAAGUUAUUCUUGAAAAUCGCCGAUUUUGCUGUUGAGGAUCUCCCGGUUGAAAGAAGCGCUGGCGGUGCGUUUUUCUUUAACUUCCUGGGCGCUUACUAUCCGUACCAAGCUCCUUGCGCCGCGUGAUUACUUUCGACACAACGUUCUUUCUAUACCGAGCAAAUUAACUGUUCGAACAGCUCUAAAAACAAGUCCAAAAUCAAGGUCCCUUCGUUUGAAGUCCAAAAAAACAGGUCGAUUAAUCGAUAUGGGCGUAAAAAUCAAAACACCAUGACAGAAAAACACAGAGAAUUUUGUGGUAAUAAACCUCUUUGGCAACACCUAACCAUUUUUGCGUCAGGACCCAUGAAAAAAAGUUUCCAUUUUUUUGGUACACCCUGUAAUGAAAUUUACAGUAUGUCGUCGCGGAAAGGCACUCUGCAAAAAAUGAAAAUGGUGUCUUGCACCAUUUUUCAAGGGCUUUCAAAUGGUGUAUAUCACUUGCCAUUUGGUGAGGGUUCGUUUGUACACUUCCCUAGUCAGACAAAAAGUUGCGUAAUAACAUAAACUUUUUUCGAUUUUGUGCUUAAAAAUAUUAUGUAUAAUUGGACAUGGGGUGUAAAAUAUCCACGCCAAAAAUCAUUACUUUUCACUGGCUAUUAGAAAAGUUAUAGGCAAAAAUGUUUUUUGUCUGUCCCGUCUCUCCAUUUUGCCUCUUCUCUUGCCGAAAAGAUUGUUCAAUACUUCUAAGUGACUCUUAUUGUCCAGUCUACUUUACAAUACAAUAUGGAGACCAAACUAUACUGAAUUCGCGAAAACAACACUCUUUAGAACAUAAAAUUUCGAUUUUGAAGCCUCCAAUUUUAAGUUUUCGCUCUCUCUGUUCGUUCGUCCAAGAAAACCGCUUCCCCGCUUAUCAAUCGCCGUUCUCUGUUUAUAGAUUUUUUUGCCACCGGUAUUCGAUCAACUGAUAGAAUGUUGACCUUGUCAGGCCCUUCUCUUAUCUGUCUUCUCGCUCUGCGUCUGUUUGCGGGCGGAGUUUGGGGCGAGCGAUUGUGAAAUAGUCGAUCGCGGCUCGUCGAAAACAAUCUGGAACGGACUUGUUUUCCUCCCGACCACGUUCUGAUCUGAUUUUUGUCUACUUGCCGUUGACGGGACUUGUUGAUAAUGGGGUUUCGAGAUAGAAUUUCUCUGAUUUUUCUGGGGAAAUUUUGAUUUUUUGCGGUUAAGGAUCUCUAAUGGUAGUUAGGGGCAUAGAAGGGGGAUUUUCUCGAAAAUAUGCAUAUGCAUUUGGCUGAAAGGUUGCUUAGGAAGACUGUGGGUGCUCUUAGAGCGAUGGAAAAAGUUGUUGACGAUGCCUUUUUGAAUCGACGAAAUUGACGCAAUUUUUUGCUUUUUUUUGCUGACCUAGCCCUUGUUAAACUACCCUGACAUUCGCCGGAAUUCCUCGGAUUUUCUGUUGCCUCUGGGCCUUAUUUUUUUUCUGAAGUAAGCAAAUUUUUCCAGACGCGCCCUUAGGAUAUCAAAAAUCCAAUUUUUAUCUCAUCAAAAACAAAAAAUUUUUUUUUGGAAGUUCUAUUGUAAAAUACGAGGUCUUUCCUUUCAAAUUCCAAAAUUCCAACCGCUCCUCUCUCAAUAUCACCCGCAAAAUCACAAAAUUCAAAAUUCAUAAGCUGAGUCACCGCUGUUUUCUCUCUGCUUCCCACAAAUUGCCCCCUAAAAUUGGUGUUUUUGGAUCGGCCUGUGUAACAAUAGUGCCUUCCGGGAGUGUUUGGGAUCGAUAGAAUUCUUCGAAACGUCGCCUCCACGGAAAAGUUUUUUUUUUGAAGAGCCGUGAAAACACACAGUUCUUGUGGUCCGCACCGUUCCUGUUUGUCUUUGGGGCCGGAUAUUUUCGCGGUCCGGACAAAUGUUCAAGUUUUAUUGGGCAUGAAGACGCGGUAAUCGCCCGCCGACCCGCUCUCGAAUCGGUUCGGCAAUCGAUGGAGGGCGGUGGGAAAGCAGUUGGGGCUGUUAUUUUUGCGUACUCGAUAACUCAAAAAGCACUUUUCUUCGGGUUUGUAGUGUAGCGGAGAGGGCCUUGAAGGCGAGAGAGGGAGCGUUGGUUUUUGGUUGAAUGGGAGAGCGGCGAAUGGGAUAACAAAUUGAUAACGAGCCGAUCGACGCGAUUUUGGGGUCUUUUGACGUCGGCGUGCGGAACGGUCAGCUGGAACGUUGGGUGUUUGGAGAGGCGUUUAUUUGGUGUUUUAAUUCCGCUCUCAUAAUAGAUUGGUUGCGGCUUCGGCGAGGUGGUGAAUCAGAAAAUGACUAGCGGCUUGUUAGAAGGGCCCCGUCAGCAGCUAUUUGGCCAUACCUACACUGAUCAAGAUGUGAUGGAUUAUGAUGAUAGAGUAAGAUUUGAGAAAUUCGUCAAUUCGGCCAAGUGCAAGGCCCAAAAAAUUGCUAUUUUUACUCCUCAACCUUGACGUUUUCUAUUUUGACAUCCCCAAAAGAUCUCGUCAUUAUAGCCCAUAUGUUAUGGCUGACCUUUGACCCUCAUUCCCUCCCCGAAACGAUCGUCCUCGAAAACGUUUUUUGUCAACGCCAACAGAGCCGAGAAAACUUCGGCCGAUCAUUCAUUGUUCCACGGGGCGAAACGCGAAAAUGCCCGGAGCGGAGCGCCGCUCGGCCCGAAGGGAGACAAAAAACGGAACAGCUGAUCGUCGACCCGAUGGGGGUCGGAGCGGGAGAACAAGAACAAAAAAAAAGACUUCGACGUGGUGUAAACAUUCCCGUCUUUCCAGCGGCCCUUUCGCCCCGAUUCCCUCCGAUAUUGGGCGAAGUUUUUCGUGGGGCCGAUCGGAAAUGAGCGAUUUCGGAAUGGAGACUUGAGAAGUUGCCUGUAUCAGUGUGUCGGGAAAAUCAUGAGCAAUCUGUUGCCUUGAAAAUCGCAUUGCCGCCUAGGUGAUGGAUUUUGUCGUGGUGAAAUCAAAGUUUUUUUUUCACUUCAGCGACACAGUAAACGCAGCGACAUUAUGCUCAUUAUUUUCCCGACAGGCUGAUAGAUUCUUAACUUUUCUUAUAGUCAUCGCUGCCUUAGGUCAUAAACUCAAAACACCAGUCAUAUUUCACCUCUUCUCUACUCUCCAUCUUAUCUGUAGGCCAAUUUUUUUCAAAUUUCUGCCACUAUUUCCCUCACCAACUUACAGUAUCCCAAAAUUAUCGCAACAUUUCGCUGAUCGCAUGACUAACAUCAUAGCCCCAAAAAAAGCCUCUCCAACAUUUAGAGGAGAAAUUUCGAAAAUCUUCAGCUGUUUUUUUGUAUCCAACUCUCAUGACAUCCCGGCUUUACACUCUCAUUUAAUUUACCAUGUGACUGUAAUGAAUAGUGGAAACAUGACUGUAAUUCUCGUUUUGUUCGAGCAAAUUCCGCGAAUUCACAGGGCUCUCUUCCACUGGAUUGUGGUCAGAGACGGUAAUCGAGUUGACUACGCACUUUUUUGGGAUAUUUUGGGGUUGCAGAAGGGUCGUGUUUAGUGUUUAGAGUACUUAAUACGGGAAGAUAAUGAAAUGAUCAAGCGGUCUACGGUAGCAAAUUUGUAAUGUUUUUGUCGCCAAAGCAGUCAGACGUCAUUAAUUUUUAUUAUGAAGAGAUAGGAAAAUUUUUGGUCUUGAUUUCGGGUCCCGCCACGAUUUGCCUGAAAAUCAGGGUGAUCACGGAAAAAGUCGCAAAACGUAUCUAGUUCUUGUUGCAGACUACCUGUAUGUUUUUUUAGGAGUCUGUCUGGAAAAUAAUGAGCAAAAUGUCACUGUAGCGUCGCUGAAAUGAAAAGCAAUUUGAUUUUAUCGCGGCACUGUUCAUUUUCUCGGCGCUGAUGCGAUUUUCGAACCGACCGAGUGCUCAUUAUUCCCUCGACAGACUGAUAGUCUUUUUCAUCUCCUCUAAGGUCACUUAUUUCGUCCACAAACUCACUUUAUCUCUCAACUCAUCCAUUUUUGCUUACUCUUCAAAAUUCAAACCCAAAUUUCCCUCUCCUCCUUUCCCUCCUUCAUUAUCAUUACCGAUAAAGAACGCCGACGUAACCGAGACCUUCCAGAAACCCCGCCGAAAACGCGGCCCGUACGCGACACGAAAAGCGGGGCCGCAGAAGGGUUUCGGACCGUUUAAUAGUGAGUUUCCGUCAAUUUUUGUCUCCCCAACCCCUUGUUUCAUAUUCCAGCAGCUUUUCUGCGUGCACCCCGACGAGGCCGGCGUUUUAAUUGCCUCAGGGAAUAAAAAAAAUCGAGAGUUAUUGGUGCUGGGCUUGGACUUAAUUUUAGGCUUUCUUCGGUUGGGAAAUGGGGUUUGCAGGCGGAAAGGAGAGGGAUGCUUCAUUACAGGGCUGUCUGGCAGCUUAUUUUGGGUUCUUUGUGCUGAUGGAACGGCAAAAGCGCGGGUUUUUUAGGGCUGCUCAAAGAAAGCGUUGUCGUUGGGAAUCGGUGAAUAUCUCAGCGGCUUUUGCAGAUAGCCUGCUGGAUUUUUCCACAAUUAUUAAGCAAACUAGGAGGAUUAAGCAUGCAAAGUUUCAAAAAAUCCAAAUCAUUGCGCCUUAGGCAAAUGGCAUUACAAUUUCUUAGUAUUUUUUGGCAAAGAUUGCUCUGUAUUCGCUCUCCGAAACAUUUGUCACCCAUAAUAUUCGUUCCACAUUCAGCUUCCAUCAAUUUUUCGCCAAAACACAAACAGCCCUGUAGUUUGUCCCCCCGAAAUUCAUCACUUCUGAUAAAAACUUAUCUUUAUGGCCCGCUACAGUAGUUGCCGCACUGAUACGCUUCUUUCAAACAACACAUUUUGUCAUAUCGUCCGAUUGUGCACUCUUCACGGCUAUUCAAGACCUUUCCAUUACCUCUUUUUUACUUCAUUUCUCGUCAUGACGCGCCCGCUUCUUUAUGCCCGCGAAAUUGUCUGCCCUCGGCUGCAAAAUACUCUUAAUUUUCGCGUUUUACUGCUUCUUAAAGCGGAUUUUGAUCAUUAAUCUCUUGCGCAAAAUUCGGUCCUACUUUGUAGAAGGUGUAGUCUUUCACUGUAAAGAAUUUGAUUGUGGCGGAAUUAUUGAUAUUAUAUUUGGGAAAUGGCAAAAAACGAAGUUUUGGGGGGAGAAAAAGGCUGAAUUAAUAACACGAAAUUGACCUUUUUUAUGUUUUAUUACUACUGUAGUUUAAGAUGGGGGGAUUUUGGAUUUAGAUUUUUAGGAAAAGAAAUUAUAAUCGGCCUCUAAUUUUAGAAGGGUUUUGAGAUUUUCCUGACAAGCAAAGCCCAUUUUCUAGGGUUUCUUUGGCCUAUAGUCUAAUGUAAUUUGGUGUCUAAUCUUUUUUCUGAGAGCUAAUAAUUUCUAGAUUCCUUUUUUUCGACUUAAAUUUUCGGCUAAAAACCACUUGCCCUUAUUUAAAAUUAUGUUUGCUUUAGCCCAUAAAAGCUAAAAAUUCCGACCCACCUCUUUGCCAUUAACUCCAAGUCUGAAGGUCGAAAACACUCGCUAAUUUUUGCGGAAUGGGAUUAAAAAACUUGCAAAUCGCCCACGAAUUUGCGCACUUUAAUGUUGAACUCCUUUCUAGCUGGACGAUUUUAUAAUCGACGAGAUUCUCUCAUUGGAAGACGACCAACACUUCCGCAGCACCGGCCAACGACGUGGCUGUGGUUCCUCUCAGCCCGUAAGUGGAGUUAGUUUUGAUUUGUCGGACUUCUUUUUGUCGGCGUGCUGUGUGUUGGGAUGUUGUUGAGGGUCUGGUCUUGGAUGUGAGACACUCAUAUUUUCUCUCAAUUUAUCUCAGGUGUUGCGCAUGGGUUUAAAAGGUUUAGCGGCGCUUUGUAGCGACAGCCGACGGUAAAAGAAUUAAGCAAAAUCUGAGCCCAAAAUGGCUCAGACUUUGCUUAAAUUUUUCGCACAUUUUGGCCAUAGACCACGUACCAAUUCUUGAAAAUUUUAGCUCGUACUUUGCAAGGACAGCCGAGAUAUCCAACAAUCUUUGCGGUCGAGAGAGCACGCAAAAUACGGAGGGCGGUCACAGAGAAAAACACGUUUCCCUCUCCACUAAAAAAAGGCUGGGAUUUUUCACUCAUAAACAUGCAAAAAAUCGACGAUUUAUCUUCAAGGCCAAUUCGAAGCCAAAUUAAAUUUAAUGACGAUUUUCCGGGGCCAUGUUUCACUCCUCUUUGCAACAUUUGAAUCAUUUGCAAAACAAUUGCUCAAAUUUUUUACCAAAGGCCUGAAAACGAAUUCCAUUUCCAUUUCCUCCAAGUUUCCCUCAAAUAGGAUAGUUCUGUGUUGUAAAACCUCGCCUUUAAUGGAUCCCAUUUCCAUUUGCAGAGCCAUAACAUGCUUUGCUCCCUCGAGGAGGGCGCCGCGUACUUUGGACUGUCCAAUUAACACAUACUAGAUACUAUUCUCUAAACCUACGUUUCCACACAAAGCACAAUCGAAAUAUUGACUGGGAAGUAUUGUGCAAUAGUUUUUUUGGGUUGAAAUUCCAACGUCAGCGGUUUGAAUAAUCAAAGAAGUCUUUUGAAAUUGAAAACAAUGGCUUGUCAAACUGGCGAAAUGUCAUAGAGAAACCCCUAUUAAAAGGAAUUACUUUUAAGAAAAUACAGUCAACUCCUUAAUCCUCUAGUCGUUGACCUUGAAUGGUCUCGCAAAUUCGCCGUGGCCCAUUUUGUUACGUUUGCAAAGGAUUUUCGGACUCCGGUCAACUAAUCCUCGAUAAUUUAUGUUUAUCGGGGCAAACGAGACGUUAGAAUAUUGCAUAGGUCAUUUUGAAAUUUAUAACCAAAUCUGUUGGGAGUACAAGGUUCACUCAGCUCAAGGUUUAAUUACCUCCGCGGAACAUGGUUUUUUUGAGGCGAAUUAUAGACAUAGCUAGUUACGAGCUUUCGCUAUUCUCUUCAUGACAGGUUUUAUUGUCAAUAGUAAAAACUUGUGGGGAAAAACUCGGAUUUCCUUCAAAUUUUGCACUUAUACUCUGCAUCACGCGUAUUUAAAGGCUCAAAAUUUUAGAUUUCUUUGUUAACACAGUGAAACUCUGAACGAUUCUUUCGACCCAAGAGCAGUGCAAUCGUGUUAUUCGACUACAAAUUUUCGAGCUUUGUUUAUUAAAAGAUUGAUUGUCUGUAGACACGUUCAACACCUGUCACUUAUAUGUCUUGGAAAAUAACGUUCUCAAUUUGUCCUAGGUUUCAUCAAAAACAAAGUCAUAAAAUUACGUGCUAGUCUUGGAACCAUCUAUCAGUCUGUCGGGAAAAUAAUGUGGUUUUGUCAAGCCUUGGAUUCCCUUCAUCUUUGCUUUGCGAAGGCUAGCGGCGACAGGGGAUUUAAUGCGCAACCGCGACGAGGCAAGAAAAUGCGACAAUUCCACAUUAUUUUCCCGACAGACUAAUCUUUAUUUUUUGAAGUCUUUUUCACCGUUUCAAUUGCAAUUUCUUUGACAUUGCAAUUCCCCAAAUUCCUGAUCCACGCUGAUUGAAAAAACAUCCGAAUUCAGCAAAAACUCGGAACUGAAACGGAACAGAGAUCUUUUCGAAUUCCCGUUGGCCCUCUGCUUCUCUGCACUCUCUCCAAAUUCCCUCGCUUCACGACUGAUAAGGUCAACAAAAGACGGUUUUCCGAAAAAGAAGGACCGAGCGGAAUCAAUUCAAAACGUUGAUUUUUGGCUCCGACGAAUGGGCGUACAUGUAUGUAUGUGUUCGAUUUUUGUGUUUUAAACCGGAGUUUGAAGAAGAUGGAAAAGAUUUCGGAUAGUGCAAACCGCCUGCAGGUCCUUGAAAUGACCGGCAAUUUGAUGGAUUUUCGAGACGGAAAAUAUAAAUAUUGGUUCAAAGUAUAGGACGGUUGAGAAAUAUUUUGCACUUUGGGGAUAGCUUGGCUAAUAGGGGAGUACGUCGAAGUGAGACGUUCAAAUUUUGAUGAAACUUGGCAAACAUUGGGAUAGAUUUUUUUGAGACAUAUGAGACAUCUAGCUUAGGAUUCAUGCCUAUUUCUACUGUAUGGGUAAUUUUCCGCAAAAAGAAUCAAUUUUUUUUUGAGCAAACCUAGCAAAAAUAUGGCCAAAAGGUGUUUUUCUCAAUAACUGCUCUUCGCGUUUGACGUUCAAUGUUUGCCACAAAGAUUGUUGAAUAUUCCGGAUACCCCUGCAAAGCACGAGCUAAAAUUUUUUGCAGUUUAUAUGAGGCCUAUUCUCUAUGACUGUACAAAAUUUGAAGAAGAUCUGACAUAUAGAGUUGCACAUGCGGUCUUUCCUUAUAACAUGGGCAAGCUAGCCGAGGUUCCGCCUUGCGGUCUCCAACAUUGAUAGGGGUCAUAUUUCUAAGCGUAAUAUAUGAGCCGAUAAGUUCUUGGCUACCCCCAAGAUGGCUGAUUUCACCGAAUCAGAUGACUCCUUUGCCUCAUCCUUUCUAAUUAGUCCGACCUCCAGAGGUGUUGAUAGAUGAGUCUCUAGCUUGUCCAGAUGAGUCUCUACCUUGUCCUUAUGCCUUUGGUCAUCCAAUCAACCGGCAAAAAGUCCACUCGACUCCCGUACUGAACACUACUCCCCAACAUCACUCAACUUUUCCAUCAUCUUCCGCCCAUACUUCAUCGACGAACGUCUCUUCCUCGCGCUGGAAUGUUCGGGCUUCGGUUUCUGUGUGUGCGUGUGCGGGGGUCAGUGGCGAAACACGGUCGUGGCGGCAAUAAAUGCGACGGUUGAAGGGUAAUUUGUCUUCUGCGCUGAAAAAAAUUCCCCCUUUCGCCGGGUUUUAUCGGGUCCCUGCGUCUUCAAGCGAAGGGCAACGUUAAGAAGAAGGAAGGGUUUGUUUUACGAGACAUUUUUUUGUUGUGUCUCAACUCGCCGAUGCUAUAGUUGGGGUUGGUGUUGCGAUCGCCGGAAUGGUAGGUUUUUUGCUCAAAAUUUGGAGGGUUGGACAAGGGGAGAUCGAUUUUCGAAAAUUUUUAGCUUUUGGUCAUCAAUGCUAAUUAUGGCAAAAUUUGGAAAUAAUGACGUCAUAGUGGUCUGAAGGUCUCAAAAGUGAUUCUUGGCCAGAUUUAACGUAAUUUCGCCGUCUAAAUCUAGGAAUUCAGUCCGUCAUCGGCCAAAAACUGCAUGUCUUUUUUCCAAUUGAACUCAAAAAGGGCAUACGCUGAAAUGCCCUUUUUUUCGAUUGCACAAAGUGCACGUUCCGCCUCUCUUCAUUCACAACGUAUUGAUAAGCACUUUGAAGGUCGGAGCGGUCUGAAAAUUUUUUGUGCUCUGUUUCAAACCGUCCCGUUCUUGAUGGAUGUUUAAUAUCAGGGCUGAGUAAAAAUGGAAGAGUUUCUGACGGGUGCCGGAAACGGCUGCGAAGAAAUUUGGGGAGCGAUUUGGAGGUAAAUAUAAAUGGAUUUUGUCUUGGAGUUUUUACCGUAGACCUUAAGUUUUUGCAUCAAAAUCUUUGUUGUGAUAGCCUCCGUUUCGCUUCGGAAUAGCCGUUAAAUUCGUCAAAAAACGCUCCGAAAACUUCCUGCUGUCGGGCCCCCGCCGAAACAAAGGUCAUUCGCAAUAAAUUUGGUUUGCAACUGUUAUCAACCGUUUUUGCAGGCGCCGCGAAUGAUCUUAAUCUUUAAUCUGCUACUUGCACUUUGGAGAGACAAUGGGCAGACGGACUCUGCCCUCUUUUUUGGAGGGUAAUAAUCGCGAAUUGUUUUGGGAGUGUAAAAAUAAAACUCCUUUCAAUUCAGUCGCCCUUUUACUGAGCUUACAGGGGCAAAUGUGCAGGUUAUUGCAAAAGAAGCAACUAAAUUGUAGGGCAAUUGAGAGUAGCGACAAAUUGGAGCUCUUCAGAUUUGCUGUAAUUACCAUACGAUGGUAUGUUGUAAAUAGCUUAAGUGAUCGGAAAUGGCGAAAAACGACAGCCGCAUUGUACUUUGAAGAUCUUUCGGAUAUUUUGGAGCCCUUUUUUGGCAAAACGAUUGUACUUUCGUAUUCAAGUAUCCUCUCGAUUUCUUUCGUUCUUGGCCCUCUCCGUUUGUAAUGUUUGUAGUGAAACGGGUUGCAAGCUUUCGUUGUAAUUCGUACAAUCUUUUUACACCCAAACCUCAAGCGGCUUGUGGUUGUAAAAAACGUAAUGUCCUCACUGAAAUCCCGAGAGAUUUUCUUGUAAUUCGACAGUUUCCCACGUGGUUUUACAGUCGUAAACUGGUAAUUCAAGUCAAUUCUCGGUAGUUGCUUUAACAAUAUCGAAAUUUUUAAACUAGCAUUAGAAUAUGAGGCCGCGCUCAAUUUCCUGCACGGCUACAUUUCUCCUCUCGUCAGUGGCCAUUUCCAAAACGUAAUCGACUUUAAUUAGCCGAGAUGAACCAGUCGGCGGUUUCGCAUCCCUCCUUUUGAGCGCGCGUUUUUUUUCUGGGCCGCUUUUUCGCUCGCUUUUGUGCGGUCACCCCGACAACGGCGGAAUGCGAGAGGCGGUGAGUACAGUGCCAGAGGGCAGGGAGUGCGUUCCGCGCAAUGUGUUGUCAGGACGACGUGCUGCGACGUUCCGAGUGUUGUGGCCGCGCGGGUGGGAGGUACUGUUCCCUACAGUACUUUUUGUGGUGCGGUAGGAACUUGUAGAUUGUCAGCGUUUUCGUUAGAGGAGUUUUAGCGGUUUUUUGAAGUCUUUUUUUACCAUGGCACAUCGAAAUAUUCUAAGGGCUAGGGUGGUCGUAGCCAUUGAUUCUUGGACUUCUUUAUCAGUCUUUAAUCUUCCGCCGGGUCAGCGAGAGUAUUUGCAUGCAAAGCGGUUUAUCGAAUUGCAUUUAUUGCCUCCGUCCAGCCCACCUACCUACCUUUGCCACCUCUCCUAUACUCGCCUUCCUAAUUCCCUUUCUUUUCUCGAAACAUCUCGCCGACCCUCGACACAGAGUCCGCUUUUCUUUUUUUUUUGUUCUGAUAAUUUUUAUCAACUCUCAGCCCGAUUCAUUAAUUCCGUUUCGCCGUUUCAGCUGCCCGUAUCAGUCUCGUACUCCGACAACCUGACCGCCUUGUCCAACCAGCCGCAUCAUCUGGGCGGCGGUCAUGGAGUCGACCUCCAUCAGACCAACGCCCCAGCACACACACAGCGCGGUCUGCAGCAGCAGAACGGCACGUUGCAGACGAACGGCUCGUCGAGCAGCGCGAGCAGCAUGCAUUCGAGCGGCUCCUUGUCGCAGGCGCAGAACAUUCACGGGUCCAGCCCGCCGAUCUGCUCGUCGUCGAGUUUCCGACAAGUUGUUUCCUCGUCCGCACCUUCCUCGAGCUUCGACAUGGAGAAGUUUGUUCGCCGAAGCGGUGGCGGAGGAACCAGCGGAGGAAGUGGUGGCAGUGGAGCCGGCGGUGCGCCACAGAACGAUGCCGAGUUCUUCAGAGAUCGCAGAAAGAAGGACAUCCACAAUAUGAUCGAACGCCGACGCCGCUACAACAUCAACGACAGGAUCAAGGAGCUCGGCCUCAUGUUGCCCAAGUCCACGGCCGAAGAGAUCAAGUUGAAUAAGGGGACGAUUUUGAAGGCGUCUUGCGACUACAUCCGUCAACUGCGACGUGAAAAAGAUAUGAUGUAUCAGUCGCAGCAGGAUAGGGAAAGAUUGGAGGAGUCCUCGAAGAUGUAUAUGAAUAGGAUCCGAGAGUUGGAGAAGGCCUUGGAGAAGCAUGGAAUCAACGUGCCUCCAGGCACAGUUCCAACGUUUGAGGAGAGCCGAUCAUCGGCUACAAGGCAGAUUAAACAAGAGCCGUACGAUGAGUCGGCGCUGUCUCCGAGCCAAACUCCGGUGAGAUUUUUAGAUUUUUUGGGUUUUUUGGUAUAUACAGCCAAUAAAAUCUUUAGGAUAGUGUUUGUUAAGGUAUAAUACGACCUCAUCCUUUCAAAAUUUUGUUUUCAGAACGGCGGCUUUAUGUCCCAACUGCAGGACAUGCAAAUCACCUCUCCCGGCUACCACCCCAACAUGCAGCCCCAAUCCUCGCCCAUCCCCAGCCACACCUCCAGCCGGCCCAUGAUGGUCGGCAGCCUGCCCGCCGACCAGCAUUUAUCCCAGCACUACCAGCGAAACUUCUUCAACUCCACCUCCAGCCCGGCGCAAACCCCGAACGCGUCCUCGCACGCCAACCUCAGCCAGUACGGAACGCCCGCCUCCACGUGGUCACCAAUGCACGGCAACUCGAUGCACGAGCAGCAGGGCACGUUGUUGGUGAAUACCGGACAUCAUCAGCUCGUGCCCGGCUCGGCGCCCAGCCAUUCCAGCGGCUAUCCGGACCUGAUCAUGGAGGACUUGUCGAUGCAGGUAAGAGACGGGGCAAACAUUCAUCCCGAAGGGUAACUGGGACUGUAGUUAUUGUGAGCUUUUUAGGCCUGGUAAUAGAUAGUCGAGUAAGGCAUGUGGUGUAGCUGUAAUUAAUACAUGUUGUGAACAGAUUGGCGGAUGGUCGAUAAAAUUGUUAUAGGAAGUUUGAAAUGCCAUCUAAUUUUGUUUGCUCAGUUUUUUCUGAUUUUUUAUGUUCAGAGACAGUUUUAUCGACCAAUCUGUCUCAUUGGUCAUGUUUGACUCGGCCAAACCCAUAGGUCCUGAACCUCCAAAAAAGUUUUGACGUGGAAACACGCAGAGAAUCAUUUAAUUACCCCGCGUUUUUCGGUCUCGCCACGGUGGUAAACGCUGAUGCAAAGCGUGAGAGAGAAAGAGAGAAAGAGAGAAAGAGAGAGCGAAAGAGUGCAGCCUCCAUUCAACUCUUUAUUCUUAUAAAUGGAUGUAACACACUUGCUUAUCGUAUUUACACAACCUUCUUCUACCAGUGCAGCAAAUCUUGUUACCCACAUACAAAUAUGUACGUGAGGAGACCGGGAGGUUUUCCGAAGCUCUGGGUGGCCUCAGGGGGUCGGACGGACAAUCGGCAAUAUUGGUUUUGAAAUCAGCUUGAAGCAAGGGGUCUUUAAGAUCCCAAACAUCCCAUUGAUGCCCAUUGUUAGCUUUGUUUUUGGGGAGAAAUGAGUAUUCUUUGAUUUAGCCACAAUCCCGUCCGUCCCCUUCCAUCCACAGCUUCUAAAUAGUCCACAGAUGUAGUGUAGUUCAACUUAGACCAUUUUAUUCACCAGUAUACGACUAAUGUUUGCUGUUUCCAGAACCGCGGCCCUCUUCUUCAAGGUGAUCCCAUGCUGGGCGGCGUCUCCAACAGCCAGAUGAGCCCGGAGAUCGUCUGGGACCAGGCCGGCUUCUCGCCGGACUCGGUGAACCAACAGAACGGCCACAACCCGCAGCAGGUCAGCAUGAACAGCAUGGAUUACUGA